AUGGUUCUUGGCAAAGUCGCACACUACGCCUUUGAUGCCGUGCUAAUCUCCGCCUUCCUCGCCGGCGUCCGACGCUCAACUGGCCUCACUCUCAAGUCAGAUUCCCUCAGCGAAAACCCCAGCGCCCAAAAGUGGUUUGAAAACUACCUCUGGGUCGGCGAGACCGUCAUGGACCAGAGCGUCGCCUUUUUCGGUGCGAGCUCAUACUUUGAGCGCAAGCGGUAG